CCAACUAAAACAAACGAAAACUUCAAAUUUUUAAUGCAAAACUACGAAAAGCCACGACAGCCAUUUUAAAUAAGCAACUCUUGCACCCUCCUCCAAUUUCAACUUCAACUUUAACUUCCAACACCAAGGACACCACGCCGACCCACAAACCCGCACAAACACACACACACACAGCACCACCAUGAGUGAUUCAAGAAUGCAAGACAAGUUGGCCAGGAUGGCGAACCUGCCCCGUACCCCGCUGCUGACCAUCUGGCUGGCCAUCAAUAUGGCCCUGAUCGCCCAGGAGACGGGCCAGAAAAGGAUCCACACAGUGCAAGCGGCAACUGGCGGUGGCAGCAUGCUGGGUGACGUAAACAUAUCCGCUAUACUCGACUCCUUUAGUGUUAGUUACGACAAAAGAGUAAGACCCAAUUAUGGUGGACCUCCUGUCGAAGUCGGAGUCACCAUGUAUGUGCUAUCGAUCAGCUCGCUCUCAGAAGUGAAAAUGGACUUCACAUUGGAUUUUUACUUUCGUCAAUUUUGGACCGAUCCUCGUUUAGCGUAUAGAAAACGACCUGGUGUAGAAACACUAUCGGUUGGAUCAGAGUUCAUUAAGAAUAUUUGGGUACCUGACACCUUUUUUGUAAAUGAAAAACAAUCAUAUUUUCACAUUGCAACAACCAGUAAUGAAUUCAUACGUGUACAUCAUUCUGGAUCGAUAACAAGAAGUAUUAGAUUGACUAUCACCGCAUCGUGUCCGAUGAAUCUACAAUAUUUCCCAAUGGAUCGCCAGCUGUGCCACAUUGAAAUCGAAAGCUUCGGCUACACGAUGCGUGACAUCCGCUAUAAAUGGAACGAAGGCCCCAACUCGGUCGGUGUCUCGAGUGAGGUUUCGCUGCCCCAAUUUAAGGUCUUGGGUCAUCGCCAAAGAGCUAUGGAAAUCAGUCUUACCACAGGCAACUAUUCGCGAUUAGCCUGCGAAAUUCAGUUCGUGCGUUCGAUGGGCUACUACCUUAUACAAAUCUACAUACCCUCUGGACUGAUCGUUAUUAUAUCAUGGGUAUCAUUUUGGCUCAAUCGCAAUGCAACGCCGGCGCGUGUGGCGCUCGGUGUGACAACCGUGUUGACAAUGACCACUUUGAUGUCGUCAACAAAUGCAGCGCUGCCAAAGAUUUCGUACGUCAAGUCGAUUGACGUCUAUCUGGGAACAUGCUUCGUUAUGGUCUUUGCCAGUCUACUGGAAUACGCCACCGUCGGCUACAUGGCAAAACGAAUUCAAAUGCGAAAACAAAGAUUUAUGGCGAUCCAAAAGAUAGCCGAACAGAAAAAGCAACAGCUCGACGGAGCUAACCAGCAGCAGGCCAAUCCGAAUCCCAAUGCCACCAUGGGCGGUGGUGGUGGAGGAGGAGGAGGCAUCGGUGGAGGAGGUGGUGGAAUCGGUCCCGGCAUGGGUCCUGGCGGACCGGGCGGACCCGGCGGCGGCGGCGUGAACGUGGGCGUGGGCAUGGGCAUGGGUCCCGAGCAUGGCCACGGGCAUGGCCAUCACGCCCACAGCCACGGGCAUCCGCAUGCGCCCAAGCAAACAGUGAGUAACCGCCCAAUCGGCUUUUCCAAUAUCCAACAAAACGUUGGUACGCGCGGUUGCUCGAUAGUGGGACCCUUGUUCCAGGAGGUGAGAUUCAAGGUCCACGACCCGAAGGCCCACUCCAAGGGAGGCACCCUGGAGAAUACGGUCAAUGGCGGCCGCGGUGGACCCCAAUCCCAUGGACCGGGUCCAGGGCAGGGCGGUGGUCCGGGCGGCGGUGGUGGUGGUGGUGGCGGCGGCGGUGGAGGAGGUGGCGGACCGCCAGAAGGCGGCGGCGAUCCGGAAGCAGCGGUCCCAGCCCAUCUACUGCAUCCGGGAAAAGUAAAAAAGGUAAAGGACAUCAACAAACUGCUGGGCAUCACGCCCUCGGACAUCGACAAGUACUCGCGCAUCGUUUUCCCCGUGUGCUUCGUGUGCUUCAACCUGAUGUACUGGAUCAUCUACCUGCAUGUCAGCGACGUGGUCGCCGAUGAUCUGGUGCUCCUGGGCGAGGAGUAAGCUGGGGGCGACGCGUCCCCGAAACGACAGCGGGCCUGGCCCCAAGGACACAGGAGUGAACAGCGCACGAGAGAGUCAAACUGUGCAGGGCGCUGAAAAACCACACAAAAUAAAUAAUGCAGGGGAACCCCCCAAAAA